GCUGCUGGCAGACGUCCCUUACCCAGAGGAAACAACCAAGGGUGGAUGAUGCAGCCAACAGACUUCCAAAGAAAUUAUUCACCUACCCGAAAUGGAGGAGCGGUGUACCUGCUGUAUGAAAUCAGGUGGAGAAAUGGUUCCAUCUGGAGGAACUGGUGCUCAAACAAUUGUGGACGACAUGCUGAAGUCAACUUCUUGGAAAAUCCUUUCAAUGGCAGGCCACAAGCUCCUUGCUCCAUCACCUGGUUCCUUUCAACUAGUCCCUGUGGAAACUGCUCCGAAAGGAUUCUGGAGUUCCUGAGGUCACACCCUAAUGUGACCUUGGAAAUACAUGCAGCCAAGCUGUUCAGGCACCUCGAUGUCCGGAACCGCCAAGGUCUCCGCAACCUGAUGAUGAAUGGAGUUUCUAUAUGUAUCAUGGAUCUUGGAGCUUACAGUUACUGCUGGAGAAAUUUUGUUGCAUACCAACCUGGAGAAGAAUAUUAUGAGCCCCAGAACAUCGCUGAACAUCACAUCUACUUCUUUCUGAAUAACAUAGAGCUCUUUCAUAUCUUUUUGGGGCUUCCUCCACUUCUGUCAAACUGAGUGCUAAUGAGCAUCACCACCAUGCUUUCAAGCUCAGUUUGUGCAUCAAUACAAGACGAGAAAAGCCAGUCCCUGGCUGUCUUUUC